AACUGUUGUAAACAAGAUGGAGGUUGUUGCUCUGUGUUGGCAGGUGGCAUGAGAGAUAAUUUGCGUUAGGCUUCCGGAUUUAAGGGAUCUGACAAAGUUUAAAACAUAAUCGGUGAUAGUGUUUAUUGAAACAUGGUGUAUGAAAGCAGAAAAAACACGUCACCGUCCAAAUUAUUGGCACUGGAUCCGUAUAAAAAGAAUGCCUACUCACAGAAUGUGACCUUUGACAUUCGUCACCUUGACAAAUCUCCUGCCAUUAGGAAUGCUGUGGUCAAGGCUUCGGAUGAAUCGUACGACCCAGAGGUCAGCGCCAAGAAAACCCCAGCCAAAGACUGGGAGCUGGACGUCAAAUCCCUCAUCUCCUCCAAAAAAUGGCUGCAAAAUUACGGCCUCAAGAAAAACCGCUUGACAUUUUUCCAGAUCUUACCAGUCAUUGGAUUUAAACAUAGUGAUGACUUUGAUAAAACUCUAAAGAGACCAGUAUCUUCUCGCUAUGGGACUGGAUUGUUCAGCACGUUGUUUCAUCCUGGGGAAGGAAAAACAUUUAAUAUAACCUGUGGACGAGAAAUGCUGAAGCAGAUCGAGGGAAGACUGACCCAGGCUAUCCACCUGUUCAAUAGGAGACUGGAAUGGCUGACCACCGAGAGCAGACGUCUGUUUGGAGUCAUUGAGGAGAAGGCCAUCACUAUCGUUCUAGACAUCCGCAACAUGUCUCCACAGCAGUUUGACCAAUACAGAAUAGCUUUAGAAACUGUCAUCUAUGAGCAACUGACGCAAAUUUCAAAAUUCAAUUUGAUAAGGUCAGCUGAUGAUAUGCAAAUGUAUCACCCCGAGUGUGUUCCGGUGACCCAUGACACGAUACAGGGAGCAGUUGAUUGGCUGUGGGAGUUGGACAGGUUAGCCUCAGUGUCCAAGACAGCCACAGCUGAAGCAGUGCUCAAAGCCAUGACAGACCAACAUAAUGAAGCAGUCUAUUUGUUCACUGAGGGUAAUUCUAUCGACUCCUGUAAAGAGUUGUUAAAAGAAAAGGUUCAGGCCUGUUCAAGGAAGAUUCCUCUUCACUUAGUGUCCUACAACUGUGAUUCCUCAGAUAUUGUCAGGUUUUUAAGAGAAUUCGCAAGAGGAAUUGGUUCAAAAUUCCAUGCCUAUGCAGUUGUCAUGGAAAUGGACGCCUAUGAGGGACAACCUUUGGAUCCAAAAACAAACAAAGCCAACAUCGUGCUUAAGAAGAAGACCUUUGGGGGUGUUCCCCCAGGGGCAGGGAUGAGGGAGGAUGUAAUGCUGAUCUUCGAAGAGCUGGAGGAGGCCAGAAAUGUCCGCUCCCAGAUCCAGGCCCUCACAGAGCAAGUUCCCGAACCCAAAAUUCAAAUCGAAUCGAAAAUCACUAAAUGGGAUAAAGAAGUCCUAGAAGAGCAGUAUAUGGGAACAAAGGAAUGGCUGGGGAAAUAUGGGCUGAAUGCACGCAAACUGGAGCUGUUUGAUGUCUUAGGAUCCGUGGCUUUUAAACACCAGGAUGGUGCAGUGGACAUAAACAUGAAGCCACCAGAAAAUACUCAAACAGACGCUGUAAAGCACACCAAGUUAGUGAAUGCUAGAUACUGUGAUCGAUUCCCUAUUGUUAAAUGGAGAGAUGGUAGAGUGGUUCAUGUUCAAGUCACCCCAGAACUACAUAGAGACUACGAACGCAAAAUGACAGUGGCUGUCAACUCUUUCCAUCAAAGGAUUGACUGGCUGAACAAAGGGAGCAGGGCCCUGUUUGGUACAGUAAUUGAGGAUCAGAUCUAUAUCCUGAUAGACACCUCGGCCUCCAUGCUACCCAGUAUUCAAUACCUCAAGGAUAAAUUGUUUCUGCUCAUGCAGGAGCAAAUCAGACACAAGAAGAAAUUCAACUUGAUCUCCUUCAACUCCAAAGCCACCGCUUGGCAGAACCGGUUGACGGACAUAUCUGAGCUGAGUCUGAAGGGGGCUUGGAAGUGGAUCCAGGGUCUGUCGUGCUGGGGCUCCACUAAUACCUACGCCGCCCUGCAGCACGCUCUGUCUGACCCAGGGACCCAGGCUAUCUAUCUACUGACUGACGGAAGGCCAGACCAGCCACCCAAAUCCAUCAUUGCUCAAGUACAGAUGCACCACACGGUACCCGUUCAUGCCAUUUCCUUCAACUGCAAUGACAAGGAGGCUAAUGAGUUCCUGUUUGACCUUGCAAAGGCUACAGGUGGAAGAUAUCAUUAUUUCUCUGAAAAAGGCAAAGAUUUUGACCAACCUGAGUCUUGGGAGAGUGAAGAUAUCCGUCUGAUUAAAGAUGAGAUCCAGCGAGGAUUGGAGUCUUUAGACAAGGUAGAAGAGCUGAGAGAUGAAUGCUCCAAUCUCUCCUACAAAAAAGAAUUGGCAGAAAUGAAGAGAUGCAGCAGGGAUCAUGUAAUAUCCAACACAGACCGGACAUCAGCAGUUCCUCCCUUGGACACUAAAGAUCUGUACCGCUCCACUCCAUCCCCUCCCCCCAGGCCAAAGAGUGCCCCUCCAGUCCAGUCCCCCCGAUUCACACCCACUCCCCCUAAAUCAGCUAGACCCUCUGUAUCGUCAGAUUUCCGCCCUACACCAUCAUCAGGGCGACCUCAAUCAGCAAGGCCCCGAUCAUCUCGCCCCCGCAGCUCGAAGUCACUGUCGGCAUCCUCCAAGGCAGGCCUUAGUGCAAAUGAAAAACAGCUUUCCAUAGCACAUCUGAGAUCAGUUUAUAAGAGAAAAAUGAACCGUCACAUUGGUCACACCAAAACAAGCAUGCUACGCACAUUGAACAGCAGUGGGCGUUUCUCACCCAAUGAAUGGCUACUGCCAGAAACCAGAUCUUUGUUUGAGAAACAAGCCGAAAGACAAAAGGAAUUAGCAUUAGUUCUACAGAAAUUCUGUCUAUCACCUGAUCUACUGAAUGUAGAUGAAUCAGACAAUGAAGCAGAGGAAGAUGCAAAUAAAAAGAAAAGGAAAAAGAAAGUGAUCAGGACUAAGGAGAUGUCAUCUAAGAUGUGGCUCAGUAAAAAUGGACUGGUGGCCAGAAAACUGACCAUCCUGGAUGCUCUCUCCCCCACAAUGGUCUCCCACAAAACCAAAUAUGUGCCCAUCCUUGAUAAACAUGUUGUGGCUAAAGUAUUUGAUGAGAUAUUACCAGUAGCCCAUGUGUCAAGUAGAACUAAGAAUCAGAUUACCUUGGUCAACCCAACAGCGGUGGAUUUGAAAGGCUACAAAAAGAAAGUUCAGAAGUGUAUAGACCAGUACAAAGCGAGACUGAAUAAGAUUGUGUGGAAUUCACUGCCAGAGUCAGCAAAGUCUGACUUUGACUCUGUUGAACCUGUGUCAUUCGAAGACAACCGUGUCAAACUGAUGAAAGCCCUAGAUAAUGCAGGCUGGCCAAUCAGGGAGCAGGACAUUUUACUCCUGGAAAAAGAAAUCGCGAGAGGGGAGAAAUACAAAGAGCAGGCUGAGGACUUGAGGCGGGCCUCUGAUCCCAACAGACAGGAGAGUUUCGACGACUUGUUGAAAAAUCGUAGCCGAGGGAGUAGUGUGAGUUCCUCAUCCAGAAGCAGCAGACGCAGCAGUGUUAGCAGCAGAAGCAGCGCAAGCAGUGGAAGAAGUAGAAGCAGUGGAAGCAUGCGUUCUCGCGCCAGUCCAAUAAGUCCCAGCAGUCCGAGGAGUCGCACCCUUAGCAUAAGUCCCAGUCCAGGUCGGAGUAACAAGGAAGACGAUGAACUGAAUGUAUACGAAGACAAGGCUAGCGUAGCGUCCAGUUUGAACGCUUAUUCUCACCGUGACGAUGAGGUCAGUCCAAAAUAACGUAGUCCUGCAUCCAAUAGUGACCUUGUUUAUGAAGUAUUAUUAUACAUACAUGUAAAUGCAUGGAAUCUUGAUAUACACUUGUACUCUGUAUAUUAUACAUGUCUGUGUACAGCAUGGGCUUCUGCUAUGCUAUAUAUACCUAUAUCUAGCAGCUGGAUUGUUACAUGUACAGCAUUUUAGUAUUACGAUCAUUCUACUGAAACCUGGACAUAUAUUUUGAUAAAAAGACAUUGUUUCAUAUCGUAUAUGAUGUUAUGGUUGUUCAAACUCAAAUUGCUCAAGCUUUGUGGAAAAUUUUCUGUUCCAAUUUUCUCAGAUAAAAAAUCAUAAUGAUUAUGACAAAGGUAUCCUGAGUGAAAUGAGUAAUCAAAAGAGAUAAGCUACUCAGUGGUACCACGUGUCUUAAUAUUGAUCUUUAUAAAUUUUUUAAAAAGAAAAAUCAAAAGACUUGAAUCAUUAAAUUUUUUUUUUUCUAAAUUCAUUAAAUAAUUGGUCAAUCAUCAGAUAUACCAUAUACAUAAAGAAAAAGAGAAACUGUAAAUAUUAGAAAAAUAAUUCAUUAGAUAUUAGGAAAAUACCUCUGUUUCUUGAGUUGUAAUUGUCAAUUAGGACUUGAAUUUAUGACAAAUUGACAUUUUGAUCCUGUAGAAUUGUAAUUGUACCUGUACAUGUAUUUCUGUGUUAAGGUUGUUAUUUUGUAUAUAUCAUGCAGAAAAAAUGAAUGAAGUUCUCAUGCGGAGUACCCUAUAUAUACAUGUAUGUCAUGCAUGCCCAGUAGACGGACUGUACUAGUCGCUUUCAAUCAGUCAGUAUUAUGUUUAUCCAAGAGCUCAAUUUUGCAGAAUGGGAUUUUCUUCCCGCCAGACAUAUCCACAUGUAUAUUUGUAUGAACAUGGAUAAUGUUAUAUAGCAUAAUGAUCUGCAUGUUUUAAUGGUUUAACCUGUGAAAUGUUUAUGUAUUGCAAAGUUUGUGGAAAAUGCACCUGGACUGUGAUAGAUUUUUAUGUUUAUGUAUAUGUAGACUUUUCUAAUUAUUUAUUUUUUUUUAGCUGUAAUAAUCAGUUUUUGUUCAAUGUAUAUUUUCUAUAAUGGGAACAGUAGAAAGGUUUAAAUAGAUUUUUUGUUGAUUUUCAUUUUUUUUAUUGUCCUUCCAGUUUUCUCUUAAUUGACUUUACUUAAGUUCUUAUAUAUGUCUCUUAAAGUUUGACCUAAAGUAAAGUUUUCUGGGAAAUAAUGAAAAACGUGAUUAUUAUCCUUAUUUUCAGUGUUAGCUUUUUAUUGUUGUUGAUAUUCUACAAACUGAUGUAGAUGUGUCUAUUUGCACAGUGCAUAGAAUAAAAUUACAGAAAAAUUA